UAUGUUAGUGUGACACCUCGGUAGCUUGCUAGACAAAAAAGCUGAACCAAUAAAGCUCUUUAAAAGCUUUCGUGUUUAUUAGCUGCUGUGUUUUAAACCCACGUUUGUCGUUUAGUUAGUUAUCCGAUUUUAUUUCAUAUUUACGGUAUUGUUAUUAGUCAGUGAGCGGUCUGGUUAAGUUAGCAUUAGCCUAGCUAACAUCUCCGACCAUGCGGUCACUAAGCCACUAUCCUGCUAAAGAAGAGGGAGAUAUCACAGUAAAACAAGAAGUAGAGGGUCAGGCCGUUCCUGUGAAAGAAGAGGAAGACGCGUUCAGAGUGAAAGAGGAGGAGGAUGUUACAGUAAAAGAAGAGGAUUAUGCAGUUUAUGGCGUGAAAGAGGAGGAGGAGAUGACUCUUACAUCGAAAAAGGAGGAGGAAGAAGAUGGUGAAACUGGAUAUCUGGGCCCUGUUUCUCAAACGCAUCUUGAGGCAUCCAAUGGUUCUAACGAUGAAUUUAGCCAUAAGAUGGUUUUGAGAAACCGUUCCCUGAUUAACACUAGAGAGAUACGGGAAUAUCGUGGAUCCUCUGGGGAGCCUCAACAACUUAAUGAUGCUGAGGCAGAGAAGAGUCUCUCCAGAUCAGAACACCUCAAUAAACACCUGCAGAGAUCCACGGGGAAGAGAACUCACUGCUUCUCUGACUGUGGGAAGAGAUUCACCUCAUUAGGCAUUAACAUUCAUCAGAGAGUCCACACAGGAGAGAAACCUUAUAGCUGUGGUCAAUGUGGGAAGAGGUUUACUCAGUCAACCGGCCUGAUAUCACACCAGAGAAUACACACCAGAGAUAAACCUUAUAGCUGUGUUCAAUGUGGCCAUCUGACAUCACACAAGAUAACACACACAGGAGAGAAAUCAUAUAGCUGUAAUCAGUGUGGGAAGAGUUUUACUGAGUCUGGGGCUCUGACUAAACACCAGAGAACACACACAGGAGAUACACUUCAUAGGUGUGAUCAAUGUGGGAAGAGUUUUGCUACAUCUGGUUGUUUGACUUUACACCAGAGAAUACACACAGGAGAGAAACCUUAUGCCUGUGAUCAAUGUGGGAAGAGUUUUACUCAGUCAACCAACCUGAUAUCACACCAGAGAACACACACAGGAGAGAAAUCUUAUGCCUGUGAUCAAUGUGGGAAGAGUUUUACUCAGUCAACCAACCUGAUAUCACACCAGAGAAUGCACACCGGAGAGAAACCUUAUAGCUGUGGUCAAUGUGGAAAGAGUUUUACUACAUCUAGCUAUCUGACUCUACACCAGAGAAUACACACAGGAGAGAAACCUUAUAGCUGUGGUCAAUGUGGAAAGAGUUUUACUACAUCUAGCUAUCUGACUCUACACCAGAGAAUACACACAGGAGAGAAACCUUAUAGCUGUGUUCAAUGUGGGAAGAAUUUUGGUCGAUCUGGCCAUCUGACAUCACACCAGAGAACACACACAGGAGAGAAACCAUAUAGCUGUGAUCAGUGUGGGAAGAGUUUUACUGAGUCUGGGGGUCUGACUAAACACCAGAGAACACACACAGGAAAUAAACCUUAUAGCUGUGAUGAAUGUGGAAAGAGUUUUACUACAUCGACCCAUCUUAUUACACACCAGAGAACACACACAGGAGAGAAAUCUCAUUGCUGUGAUCAAUGUGACAAGAGAUACUGAUAAAAGACAUCUGAUCAAACAUCAGAAAAAACAUACAUGAGGGAGUUGUUUCAUGAUAUCAAUAAAAUAUCCCACUUAGUAAAAUGUAAUUGAAAAGAGGUUGAAAGUCUGAAGUCCAAUAUACAUUCGGUUGAAAGUGAAAGUUGAGAAGAUGUUUUUCUGGUCAUUUAACUUAAUUUCAAUGUACUUGCAGCCUAUACACAUGGACUCAGUAUAAUAUAUUAGUAUAUAAUCAAUAUUAAUAACAAUCUUACCAUCACUCCAGUAUUUCUUGACGACAUUCAAGUGCUAAUUGUCUUUAUUCCACUACUGAAGAAGCAUGACUCAAAUCACCUACUCAUAUUUCAAAUAUUCAGUCUGACAAAAUAUACAUGUUUUAUUAUUCCAUUCCUCACCACUAAGUGAAUUAUUCCCAAUAUAUAUUAACAAAGGAGUGUACAUUUGGUUUUGAUAAUUCAUAUUUACAAUUCAUGUAACAUUUAGUAAUCAUCAUUAUUUAUGCAACCAACUGACACUUUUUGGCUGCAAUUAUAUUGACAUACUUGCCCUGCCUUUUAAAAUAUCAGAGUUAAUUCUCAGAUGUGCCAACCCAAAUGUACUAUAGCAUAUAGCAUGCCAUUGGGGACUGGGCCCUGAUCCAAUAACAUGCCUAUCUAGUGAACCCUGAAAAGAGAGAGAAGCUCUGCAGUGAGGUGGAAAGUAACUAAGGAUAUUGCAGGAGUUUCCUCUUGAAAUCAGACAUGUCUGUGGUAAGGACAACUUGGUUGCUGAUUGUCUCAAGGGUGGGAAGUCAAAAAUAAUUGUGUUUUUCAUUUAACCAGUACCAUGGAUCACAAUUUAUUUUGACAUGUUUUUCGGCGUUGGAGAUGGGUUUUAUCUCUUAUUCUUUUCUGUAUUUUGUUGAAACUGAACUGUUGGCGAGGGGCUCGUAAAGUAAGCAUUUGUCUACACCUGUUGUAUUCAGCACAUGUGAUUUGAGUUUAUUUUGGGUUCCUUCCAAGGGGACGAUAGUUCUAGAAGCUAGUGAAUUUUAGGAUUCUAUUCAACGAAAAAGGAGAAAAGAUACGAAUGUAUAUUAUUAUUUAGAAAUACGUGUUUUUUUCUUGUUUUUAAUUGUUGACAGCCAGUAGACACCAUGUUUAUAUUGAUGAAAGUAAAGCAUUGUAGUUGAUUAUAAUGUGAAAUGGAAGUUGUUUUCUUGUCAAUUGUUCAACUGAAAUGUGUCAAAGGCACACCGAUUGGUGUCACCCCGUUAGUCAGUUUGUGUUACAUCUGUGCUGGCUUGUCCAUCUCGUUAGUGGGAAGGUGUUUCACCUGAGCUGGUCCAGGUUCUAUUUAAGAGUAUCUGGCCCAGUGCUCCAGUUGUCUUGAUAGAUGUGGAGAGUCAACACCUUUAGUUGCUCCACCGUUUUUGAUUUGCUUCCUGUUUAUAAGUUUGAGGUGGUGGGACGGGUGCGCCAUCGUCCGUGAGGAGAUGGCGCAAAGUACAUCUGGACCGUCGGAUACGGGGAUUGGACUGGUCAACACGGUGCACUUUUCUUGGCGGGGAAAAGAGAUGAAGCCUUGGGGGAGAGAAACCUUCAGGAGGAACAUCCUAAUGGGGCACCUAAAAUUGAAGGUUAAAGAUGUUCUAUGCCUUCAGGGGAACCCAAUGGAGAAGGGGUUUGAUGUAACCCUAUAUUUGGAAGAAAAACACAAUGAGAUUAUGAAGACGGUAACGGAAGGGAAAGAAGAAGGUCCCCUGUGUCAUUACACGGUGACCAGCCUGGCAAGAAACAACUUCAGAGUGGUCACCGUAACCAUGUACAAUCCGCACGUGAAGGACGAAGAAGUGAGGGCCUUUCUGGGGAGGUACAUGGACGAUGUCUCCUCAGCGAGGUACCUCAGGGACUCCCCUGGGUUUCUGGAAUGGGAAGAGAGGUUUCCAGGCGUUACUCAGGGAGUCCCCGAAGAGUGUGGAUGGCUACCUCUAUCCUCCGGCAAUGUUCUCCCUGGGGGCUGACAGGGGAACCCUAUACUAUGCACGUCAGCCUCCGUUCUGCAGGCGUUGUAUGGCCUACGGCCAUGACCUGGCCUUGUGCAGUAACAAGAAAUGUUGGUUUUGUGGGUCAGAAGAGCAUGAGGCCAGGGAGUGUGACGAGCCCAAGGCUUGCCACGGGUGUGGCUCCAGAGAACACCUGUGGCGUGAUUGCCCGGCUCGUCACAGGUCAUACGC